UCCUUUUUCAGCACAAAAAGUAAAACCUUGACCGUAUAUAUCAAACUUAUCAGAUUCCGGCGGCGGCGGGUCAAACUUCCGCCGGAACCCGAACAUGGCGCGGCGGAGCUAGGACCUUUAUGAUUAUCUUCGAUAACGAUAUGGUUGUUAGAGAUCAGUUGUUGGGAAGUUAUUUAAGCAGCUGAUCUUUUCAGGAAUGAGAGGGGAGGAUUCUCGGCCCAAGUUUGAGAAGCAAUUUUCCGGCGAGAAACUGCUGCCGUUCGCCAAGUCGCCGCCUCGAUUUCCCGUUAUCUUCUUCUUCGCCGUCGCGCUCAUCGUCGGCGGGCUUCUCUCCGGGCGACUCCUUAUUUCCUCGGGACUGAAAUCCGAUGUUCACCCUCCACAACCACGACGACAUGUCGAGCAACUCAACGGCACGACAUUCAACUCGACGAAAACGAAACAAGACCCGGAUGGCCCGCCGCAUGCCACGUGUCCAGAGUAUUUCCGUUGGAUCUACGAGGACCUACGACCGUGGGCCGGGACGAGGAUAACGAAGGGGAUGUUAGAAGCGGCCCAAAAGAAGGCCCAUUUCAGGCUAGUGAUCGUGAAGGGAAAGGCCUACGUGGAGGUGUACGAAAAGGCAUACCAAAGCAGAGACAAUCUUACGCUGUGGGGGGUCCUACAGUUGUUACGGAGAUACCCAGGGAAAUUGCCCGAUCUUGAUCUGAUGUUUAACUGUGAUGACCGGCCAGAGAUCUAUCGAAAAGAUUACAGUGGGCCCCAGGCGCCGGCCCCACCUCCCUUGUUUCGGUACAGUGGAGAUGAUGCCACGUUGGACAUUGCGUUUCCUGAUUGGUCCUAUUGGGGUUGGCCUGAGAUAAGAAUAAAGCCAUGGGAAGAAAUGUUGAAGGAUAUAAAAGAAGGGAACAAGGAGAUGGAAUGGGUGAAGAGGGAACCAUAUGCAUAUUGGAAGGGAAAUCCAUCGGUGUCUCACAAAAGGACAGACCUUCUAAAAUGCAAUCUCACACGCAAACAAGAUUGGAAUGCUCGUUUAUAUAGGCAGGAUUGGAUUGAAGAGUGGAAAGGCGGGUUCAAAGGCUCAAACUUGGCCGACCAAUGUGUUUAUAGGUACAAAAUAUAUAUUGAAGGAAAGGCAUGGUCAGCGAGUGAAAAAUACAUUAUGGCAUGUGAUUCAGUAACCCUAAUUGUGAGGCCUCAUUACUAUGAUUUCUUCUCAAGAAGUUUGAUUCCAAUGCAACACUAUUGGCCCAUCUCCCCUAACCGCAACUCUAUAUGUUCUUCUAUCAAAUUUGCUGUCGAUUGGGGUAACUCCCACCACCAAAAGGCGAUGGCGAUCGGAGAAGCAGCAAGCAAGUUCAUCCAAGAAGAGCUAAAUAUGGAUUAUGUAUACGACUACAUGUUUCAUCUUCUCAACGAAUAUUCUAAGCUGUUGACGUUCAAGCCGACGGUCCCGUCGAAUGCGACAGAGCUCUCGUUGGAAUCAAUGGCUUCCGCUGUGAGAAGGUCGGUGAGAAAGUGGAUGAUGAAGUCGUUUGUGAAGAGCCCUGCCGUUUCCGACCCCUGCGCCAUGAAGCCGCCGUACGAUCCACAGUCUAUGGAACUUUGGCUUACAACAAAAGAGAAUUCUAUCAAACAAGUGGAAGAAUGGGAGGAAAGUUCUUGGGAAAAUAAUGGUGAUCCAACUUUGAACCCAAUGAGCUAAUGCUUGCUCUUUCUUUUCCCGUUUCAUUAAUUUUAUAGUCAAAGUUACCAUUAGGAUAAAUCAAUAUUUUAUCUUUUUGGUCGAGCAUAGUUAAGUGGUAAUUGAUGUAUACCUAAGUUCGAAUCUCCUCUCCAAUAUAUUGUACUAAGAAAAAUGUUUUGUCUU